GAGAAUAUGAAACAGGCGUCAAAAUGACAUCCAGAUUUGGGAAGACAUAUAGCAGGAAAGGUGGUAAUGGCAAUUCAAAAUUUGAUGAAGUUUUUUCAAACAAACGGACCACUCUCAGUACAAAAUGGGGAGAAACUACCUUUAUGGCCAAGCUAGGCCAGAAGAGGCCCAACAGCAAGCCAGAUAUUUCUGAGAUCCCUAAGAAACCCAAAGUAGAAGAGGAAGCAAUAGAAGAUCCAUUUGGAUUUGACAGCGAUGAAGAAUCUUUGCCAGUUUCUUCCAAGAACGUGUCCCAAGCAAAAGGCUCUUCUCAGUUGGAGUCACUUGAAGCUUCUCAGCCAGAAGACUUCUCUUCUAUACUUGAGUCUAAUAGCAAAUUUCCUCCCUUGGUUGGUGAAGACACUUUGUCCAGCAAAGUUGUGUCUUUUGAUAAUGCCGUGCAUGACUUGAAAGAGAAGAAUUUGGCCAGAAACACGGCAGAAGAAGACUUCAGAAGUAGCAGUGCUAUCCCUCUAGCUGCAGGUAUGCUCGUGUAG